AUGGCGGCGGAGACGGCCCGGGCGGAACUACAACUCCCAGGAGGGGCCGUGAGGCCGCGCCGGUUCGGCGGGGCCCGGCGCCGAGCGCUCCCCGUGAGCGGCGGGGCCGGGCCGGGACCCCCGGGCGGGACCCCCGGGCGGGACCCCCGGGCCGGGAGCCCCGGGCGGGCCAUGGCGGGGAGCGGCGGAGCCGGGGCGGCCCCGCGGGAGCACCGCCUGCAGCCCGGGGACACCCUGCAGGGGCUGGCGCUGCGCUACGGGGUGACGAUGGAGCAGAUCCAGCGCGCCAACCGCCUCUACUCCUCGGACAGCAUCUUCCUGAGAGCCACGCUGCUCAUCCCGGGACAGCGCGACAGCCCCGGGGACACCGGCGGGGACAUUCCCGGGACACCGGCGGGGACAGCGGGGGACAGCCCCAGGGACGGCCCCGGGGACGGCCCCGGCCCCUCCCGGCGCGACCUCUCGGCCUCGGAUUUCCUGCGGCGCUUGGACGCCGAGAUCGGGCGCUGCAAGGAGGCGGCGGCGCAGCGGCUGCAGGGCCGGAGCUGCAGCCCCGGGCCGGGCGGGGCGGCCCGCCCCGCCCCCCUCGGGGGCCCGGCUGGGACCCCGGCCCCUCACCAGGACCCCGCGGGCGGCCGCGCUCAGGGACAGCGAGGACGAGAUCUUCACCUUGUGACAACGGGGACAUCGGGGACAUCGGGGACACUGGAAUGGGACAUCGGGGACAGCGAGGACGAGACCUUGACCUUGUGA